AUGGCGCUAGUGCGACUAGUGUCAUCUAAGCGAGAAAUCAUUCGAGGGAAGCGAGAUCUUCCAUUUUGGGUUAGUGUAUUGGUGCCCUCUCUAAAGAGUGGAAGCUGGAACACACUGUAUGUCCCAGCUCACCAUACUGUGGGUGUCAAGCUGGCUAUGUCUUCACUAGCAGUCAUACUAGUACACUGGGCUGCAGAGACGGGGAGUAAUCAUGCAAUUGCGGGAAGUCACAAGACGACAGACUUUCUGGACAUAUCGGAAUUUUGGAAAAGAUCAUCCAUUGCCCCUCCGAGGCGAGUCAAUGAUGCUAUGAGGCCUGCCUUGUUUUUGUACCUCAUGCGCACUUCGGUCGGUCAUACUCCGAGUGGCUGCUAUCGUGACGCACCCUCGGCUGAAUGGUUAUUGGCACUGCCAGUUUGA